GUCCCGCGUGGCUGCUGUCAUUGUGACCUGUUUACCCCUAACCCUGACCAGUCAUGGACCUGGAGGAAGAGCAGAGCAUGGAUGUGAUCCUGGUGGGCUCCAGUGAGCUGUCAUGUCCCCCAUCACCUCGGCCCAGCAGAGAUCUUAUUGCAUAUGAAGUCAGGGUUAAGCAGCGACACAUAGAAGACAUCUGCAUCUGCUGCGGGAGUUUCCAGGUCUGGACAGAGCAUCCUCUGUUUGAGGGAGGAAUGUGUGCUCCAUGUAAGGGCAAGUUCCUGGACUCCCUCUUCUUGUAUGAUGAUGAUGGAUACCAGUCCUACUGCUCUAUCUGCUGCUCGGGUGAGACGCUGCUCAUCUGUGAAAACCCCGACUGUACCCGAUGCUACUGUUUCGAGUGUGUCGAUACGCUGGUCAGCCCCGGGACCUCAGGGAGAGUGCAAGCCAUGAGUAACUGGGUGUGUUUCUUGUGCCUGCCCUUCCCCAGCAACGGGCUGCUGCAGAGAAGGAAGAAAUGGCGGGCACGGCUGAAGGCCUUCCACGACCGGGAGGCAGAGAGUCCUUUUGAAAUCUACAAGACCGUGCCUGCGUGGAAGAGAGAGCCAGUCCGGGUGCUGUCCCUUUUUGGGGACAUCCAGGAAGAGCUCACGAGCUUGGGGUUUUUGGAAGGUGGUUCUGACCACAGACAACUGAGGCACCUGGAUGACGUCACCAAUGUAGUUAGGAAGGAUGUGGAAGACUGGGGUCCUUUCGACCUCAUGUAUGGCUCGACACCCCCUUUCGGCUAUGCCUUCGAGCGGCCUCCUGGGUGGUACCUGUUCCAGUUCCACCGUGUGCUACAGUAUGCGCAGCCCAGGCCAGGCAGCAGGCAGCCCUUCUUCUGGAUGUUCGUGGACAACCUGGUGCUGACCUCGGAUGACCGGCUUGUGGCAUCCCGCUUCCUGGAGACCGACCCUGUGACCAUCCAGGAUGUCUGCGGCAGAGUCACCAGGAAUGCUGUGUACGUGUGGAGCAACAUCCCAGCUGUGAGGAGCAAGGACUCGGCUCUGGCUGCUGAAGAGGCACUGUCCCUGCUGGCUCAGGACAGGCUCAGAGCCAGGCUCCCUGCCCCAGCCCCUGCUGCGCUGGUCAAGAACUGCUUUCUCCCCCUUCGAGAAUAUUUUAAGUAUUUUUCAACAGAACUCACUUCCUCUCUAUGAAUGAGUCAUUAUAUCAUGAAAAGAAAAAAGAAAAAAAGUUUUCCUAGAACAAAAACAACUUUCCUAGUAUUGUCUUUUUUCCUUUCUUCAGACUAUUAUUUUAUUUGCUGGACUUCUGCUUUCUCAGGGUGGCUAUAGAUCUGUCUUUCAUUUAGUCAUGGAGAAGCAGGGUCCCACUGCCCGUCAUGUGCAUGUGAUGGGACAAAGCACUGUGUGGUUAUACAGAAGACCCUGGGGUCCUACUGCACGUUGUACUUGCCCCAAAUAUUUCUGUACUCCUGUUGAAAAAUUAAAAAUAUAUUUAU